CGUGUGGUGGAAGCUCUCAUCAUCAGGUAACGGGCGUCGAAACGAUAAUCUUCCUCUUCCGUGUUGGCGUUCUCAGAUUGUUGCAGUUUAUUGCUUCUGCAGCGUUUCCUGGAGGAGAGUGAUUUUAGAAGACAGCAAAAAAGCCUUUCGAACGCAAAGUGUGAAAAAUCAAUUUUAGUCAGAAUUUGCAGUGAAUUUGUAGGCAGUUGAAUACCUGGCGCUGCUGGCGUUUUAGGUGGUAGGCAGUGCCAAAUUUUUAAUUGAAUCAGUCGCAAAAGUGGCUACAAAGAAAAAUCGCGAAUUGAUUUUUGCAAACUGUGCAGAUUUUUUUUCGGGUAAAUUGGUGCACCGUUAUACUCUAUACCGCGGCUAGAAGUGAGGUGUUAGUGCGAUGGUAUUAGUAGGAAAUUUCCUCCCUCAUUGAAGAAAAUAUGCUGAGCGCAGUAGUUCCGUGAAGAAAAAGAAGUUUUUCUUGCGAAUGUUUUCUUGGGUCCGGCGGCUUGCUACGAUUGUUGUGGCACAUAAAGUGAAAAAUGUACCUUCGAAAGAUGCAGAUAAAGAAGUAAAUAACACCGAGCAGUAAGCAGUUGUGAAUUUGUUUUAAACCGUGGUAGUAACCUGGCCAGUCAACCAACGAGUGUUGUUUUGUAAAGGAGAAAGUUUUUUACCCUGCGUCAGCAUAAAAGUCGGGGGUGUGUCUCUGUGUAGGAUAAAUUAUUAUUGGAAAAUCACGACAUCGUUUUAAGGAGCUAAGUCAGUAAGUGCACACGCACUGUGUCGUGUCAUCGUGGUGUUGAAGUUGAAAGUAGUGGAAUUUGGAUAGCUUAUUACGUCGCAGUAGUCCAGCGAAGCAGAGAGAGAGAGAGGAAGCAACAUGAUGGAUGCGGCAACAAUAGCAAGCGCUGGGAAUGGGAUCCAGAAAGACGGAUUUGAAGGGGACAAUAUAGUGGCAGCACAAAAGCGACAGCAGCAGUUGCCGCAACAUCCGAAGGAAUUACAUUUCGUGAAUCCUUUCGUGCAUAAGCUCAUCUGGGAUGAUCCCAUCGAUAAAGUUAAGACCGCUUUCCUCACAGUAUUCCUGCUGCCAUUCCGAGUAAUACUGAUCGUCGCUUGUUUGAUGACAGCGUGGACACUGGCAAGCAUCGGACUGUAUGGUAUGUCUCGGGAGGAACUGCGCACAAAGCCCCUGUCCGGAUGGAGGCGACAGUUACGCGUCGUAACCGCACAGGUGAUGCGGCUACUGUUCGUGUUCGGCUCGUUCAACCUUAUCCGGACCAAGGGCGAACGGGCCUCCCCGCGGGAUGCCCCGGUGAUCUGCGUGGCGCCCCACACCGCCUUCUACGAUUCGAUCUGUGUAAUCCUGUUCGGACCGUCGGCCGUGGUGGCCAAGUACGAGACAGCCUCGUUGCCGUUCUUCGGAAAGUUGAUUGACUACGCUCAACCAAUCUACGUGUGCCGAGAGGAUCCGAACUCACGCCAAACCACGAUCAAGGAAAUCAUCGAGCGGGCCAACUCGAAGGAGGACUGGCCGCAGAUACUGAUCUUUCCGGAGGGCACCUGCACCAACCGGACGUCGCUGAUCCAGUUCAAGCCGGGCGCAUUCUAUCCGGGUGUUCCGAUACAGCCGGUGCUGGUGCGCUACCCGAACCGGGUGGACACCGUCACCUGGACCUGGGAGGGACCGGAUGCUUUGCAGAUCCUGUGGCGAACGCUGACGCAGUUCCACACGUUCUGCGAGAUCGAAUUUCUGCCGGUUUACCACCCGAACGAGGAGGAGAAACGCGAUCCAAAGCUGUACGCGCGCAAUGUGCGCAAUCUGAUGGCCCGCGAGCUGGGCAUUCCGAUCUCGGACUACACCUUCGACGAUUGUAAGCUGAUGACGUUCGUCAAGAAUAUCAAGAUGCCAUACGCUGCGUCCAGUGCGGACAUUGACAAGCUGAGAAAGACGUUAGGGUUAAACAAACUCAACAUUGAGGAGCAGAUAGUAACAGAUGAAGCCAAAUUCACCGAAGAAAACAGUUACCUGACGUUGGAGAAAUUUGCCCAGCGGCUGAAUGUUCCAGCUGACGAUGAGUCGACAAAGAAACUGUUUCGAAUAUUUGUGCGGCCCAGCCGUACGGACGUCAUCGACUUCAGGGAGUACCUGCUGAUGUCUCUGUUCCUGAUCACCCUCUACACACCGAAAUCUAACUUUGUUAGAGUGUUGUUCCAUUUAUAUGGCGACCACGGCAAAGUGUCUCGAGCGUCGUGUUAUGACGCCCUCAAGUACCUAGUAAAGAUAACCCCAGCGGAAGCUGAUGCUGUUUUCAUGGCGGCGGACAGUGGAAAUUUGGGAGGAAUUUCCUUCGAUCAGUUUACCAAAGUGUUGGAUAAGUUCCCGGUAAUCAGUAAGAAGCUGAAGCGAAAUAACGACCCAAACAACCUAAGGCUCACCUAAAUCAUCCGGGCCGUGAGUGUGUUAUGUACUUACUCUCCGGUUCCACCACCAUCCAGGUUACUGGCGUGCAACAAAUCGGUUGCGGCCGGCAGUGGCCCAUAAUCAAAGAUGAACUAUAUCAAUGCGUCCCCCAUCCCGCCACAUCAGGAAACUCCAGCAGAAAACCUCCGGAGUUUCGGACUCAGCAGACUAUUACCCUUUACCGUAGGCGAAGGCGAAAGACGAAGCCAGCUUAAAUAUAUUUAUUAUUUAUUACGUUCGAGAUAUGCUAAACAUUGCGCGAUACCGAAGGUAUCCCCGAAGGCAGAGACUGUAGAGUAUAGAGACAUUUUUCGCCGUUUUGCGUUGCGUAGAUAAUAUGACCUAAGAACCAAGGACUGAAUUACCCAAUCUCUGCUACCCUCUGUUUUUUCUUAAGUUUUACCAUUCGGAAAUAACCUGUUAUCAUAUACGUGUGUGUUCAUGUAAUAUACAAAAAAGAGUCAAAACAAAAAUACUUCCCGGCUUCGAAUGGUUUAGAGGGGAGAAACAUUUUUCGGACAUUUUUCGACAACAAACAAACAACAAAACAACACUGAUAUUUGCUGUGCGUGUGUAAAUGUGCUGUGCAACAAACAAAGCAAGAAGACUAUUGUGAAUGUGAAUGAUUGUGCUGUGCUGAUGAUGUUAGACUUUACUCGAAAAUGUCGGCCAAAUUGCAGGCUAAAACUCAUAAAUGUAGGUGUCGAUAAGAAAGAAAACAAAACCAGACAAAAAAAAAAACUUGUGCUUAUUAAUAGCUGUUGAUGAUAAUGAUCCUAUCGAUGACGAUGAUGAUGAUGAUGAUGAUAGGAACAUCAUAUAUUUAUUUUUCCAGUCAGUCCAUGUUGAGCAAAUUUUGGUGUUGACUCAAGCAAAAAAACAAAAAAAAGAUGAAGCUGAAAGCUCAAAA